AUGUCUAAAAUUUCACGAAAAGAGUUAUUUGGAGGCGGGAGCGACAGCGAGGGCGAAGUUGGAAACUCGUCGUAUGCAGGCUACGAGAAUCUGUUUGCGUUCGAGGAGGUUGAGGUCGAGAAUGAUGACACUGAUUCGGACCAGGAGAUGACGGUGGUUGAGGUCUCAGAAGCUGUUGAGGGAGACGAUGGCUCGGAGUCUGAGGAGGCUCCCGAGUUCACAUUCAAUCUGUUUUCUGGCGCGCCCGAAACGGUUGUUGUCAAGGACGUGAAGCCUGUGUUUGAGGGGUUUGUGGAUGAGGGCACUGCCAGUAUUGGUCGGGCCAAGGAGAAGUUCAACGACGAGUAUGCUGCUGCUGCGCGCAACAAGUUUCGUCCCUUGGCGUACUACUUUACGUUUGCAGAGCCCGAGCCCAAGAAGCAGGAUCUGGUAGCCCAGUUUCGAGAUAUGGCUGUGGACGCAGAUUCCGUCCUCAAGGUGGGCGGGUACCAUCGGUAUGAUGUUCCUAGCAAGGUGCUGGACGUAAGCGCUCAUAAUGCCGAAGUGGAGAAGAGUGAGCGACGGGCCCGACCGGGCAAGAAGCGACGGCAGAAGAUGCGCGAGGGCAAGGUGCACAAGAGUGACGACUUUGGCACUCGAGAGUACGGAGCCAGCCGGCAGUAUGGAGGAGGUGUGUUCGAGUAUGGAGGGUCUGGUAUUAAUAUGUUUCCUUUAGGUCAGAGAGGCGGUUUCAGAGGUGGUCGGGGAGGUGGCCGAGGCCGGGGAGGUGUCAGAGGACGAGGUGGAAGAGGUAGAGGUCGGGGAAACUAA